AACUUCCUGUUUAUAUUCAAGAUGGCAACAACAAAUAUCGCUUCCGAAGAAGCACAAUCGAAAUAUUUAAAAAAUGACAUUGACGCCCACAAAAGCCAUAUAAAUAUGUCAUCUAAAAUACCCGAAACUACGGUUUACUCCAAUGCUAGGCAGUAUGCCCAAGCUCUCCGCCCUUGGUUGUGGCAGUAUCAAAAUGCAUGCGUAAUGCAAAACGUAACUAACAAUUUUGCGAUGCAGAUGCAAGCAAUGGCCUAUUUGCAAGGUCCACUGGCUUAUAAUUUCCUUUCAACCAAUGCACAUGUCAGACAACGAGUAGAUCCAUAUGCUAAUCGUAGGGCCCAGAAUUUUCAAAAUGGAAAUCCCCCACAAAUAUCUGUUUCUCAACAAGCACAACAGGCUCAACAGCCACCACAUCCUGAAGGUAAAUGAAGUAAAUCCAUACUUAGAUCUAAACUCUAAACUUAAUUCCAAAAGACCUGAUGAUAAUAAAGUAAGUAGCGUCAAAUUUUAAAAAUGACACAUCUACCAUGGUAGCACAUAUUAUAUAACACAAAAUAUGAAAUUUUUCACCACCCUACCUCAUCAUAGCCUUAAUAACUUAUUCAUAUAUUUAUAUAUUAGGUACUUUGACACAAAAUUUAAAUAUUGUCCUAUUGCCAUGAAUGAUAAAUAAUUUUAAAGGGCUAGCUAUAAGCUUUUUAAUAACACAAAUUUCAUCUUUCUAUCUUUUAUAGAACUGGAGUUAUGAUUUUUUUGGUCAAAUUUUUAUGCCCCUUAUAAUCUAUAUAUUUCACCCCUAAAACGUGUGACCCAAACUUCACAUUUCUGCAUUAAUUUGCCCAAAAUUUUUUUAUUUUUAAAGAUAAUUGCACCAAAUUUUCAGGAGACAUUCCUAAUCUAACAACCAACUCUAAGAACAACAUACAUUUUACAUUAUAUCAAGACUUUUUAUUUUGGAUAAUUUUCUUUUCAGGUAUGUUGAAAAAAUCAUGUCCAAAAAAAUUGGAAAAUUAUUAUUUGCAAGGCAAAAACACAAAAAUUACUAGUUUAUUGAAGUUAAACUAAAUGUAUAAUUCAGUUAUAUUUCUUAUAAUUCUUAUCUUUAUAAAAGGUAAGUAGAAGUCUUUUUUAAUACAAAAUUAAAUGCAUGAAAUUAUAAAAACUAUUAAAAUUACGCAUCACAAGACUAAUGUAUGAGCAUACGGGUAUGUUAUUAAAUUUUAAAAGGGAAUGGGUAUGUUCUGCCUAUCAUUUUCUAUGUCGUGAUGACUCCUCUACAGAUAUCUUGGUCUUGGUAGAUGAAUCACAAAAUGUCUCCUUCAUAAACUUUGUCUUUUCCAUUCUUGUCCAUAUAUGCAUUACUGUUGAUGGAAGUGGAAUAAAUUCCAUAAAGAUCUUCUCUUCAAAAGAAAAUUAAAAUUUUCCCUUGUUCCUGAAAGAAGCCUAGAAAUAACAUCUAAUCAUAAUCCUGACUGAAUCUUCACAAUUUCUUGUUUCUUUUUAAUAAUAUUCAUUUUAUGUGUUGAUUAAAACUCAUUUCUUUUUUUUUAAAUUUUAUUUGUUAUUUAAUUUUAAUAUAUUAAAUUAUUUUUUAUGUAAACUGCUUUUCUAUAUCCUUAUAAAAAAAAUUAUUUAAUUACUUAUGUAAUUAUGAUGUUGUAGUAUUAGAAUGUUACAUUAACUUAACAAUAAUUUGAAAUUUAUAAUUAAAUUAAACAAUUACUAAAUUUUAUUAGGCCUACAACUGCAAGUUGUAAAUAUUAGCCUAAAUACUAGGCUUAGGCCAAAAUAGACUUAAUAGGAUUACCGGUAAAAUAACUGUUUUAUAUGCUUAUUUUUUAAAAUAUUCUCUCAUAUGGGUAGUAAUUUAUAAGAGAAUAACAAAUAUUAUUUUACUAUUAUUAAACAAUUAAUUAUUGAUUCAAUAAUUAUAAUGAAGAACGGUAGAACUAGAACGGAUAAAUUUGGUACCCGAUGAACAAAACUAUUUAACGUAAUAAACUAAAAAGCAACCCAUAGACUCUACUCAAAACUUUUCAAGUUUGGUUGUAAUCUUCUAUUAUUUUUAAAAAAAAAUGAUUCAUUUGAAACGUAAUGGAAUUAUUCAGAUGAUUAGGGAUUAAACAAAAAAGGAUCACUUCAUAAUUGACAGUAGUCAUAGCCAUUUCCGGCAACUCGAUCGAAUAAAAUUAACUUUUGAUUCAGCGAUAUUUUCGACAUUUUUGGACAUGCGCAGGUCGGUGCGUCGACUAGUUUUAAAGUACCUAUAUAUAUGGCAUCCUUCCGUCUUCGUAAGACGAUGGAGUAGCUAUAUAGUUCCACACUUUGACGAGUGUCUCACUAGGCCAAUCCUAGAAUGGCAAUCAAGGCCGCAUCUCUCGCAGGAGAAUAUUGAAUCCCUGUAAAUUCUUGAUUUCCGAAUUGUUCUUUUUGAUUCAAGGGCCUCGUUUCGAGUAUCUUCUGCCUUUUUUACUCCUUCAAACACUGCUGUUUGCCAGUUAGAUCGAUGUUCGGCAUUGAACUCCCAUUCGUUUGUUUCAGUAUUGGCUUCCCUCAUGCUUCCUUUGCAAACAUCAAUAAAUCUCAGGCGCGGUCGUUCAAUAUGUCUUGUCCCUCCUGCCAACUCUCCAUACAGCAGUGUCUUUGGGAAAUGUCCUUCCUCCAUUCUCCGUACAUGACCUAACCAGCGAAGGCGCCUCUUGAUAAAGGAGAAUAUGCUAAACAUGUGUGCACGUUCCAAAACCUCCACGUUAGGCACCCUGUCCUGCCAACGAAUGCGCAAUAUGCGACGCAGACAUCUUUGAUGGAAGCUGUUGAGUUUCUGUUCCUGACUGGUAUAUGUGGUUCACACUUCGCUACCAUAAAGGUGCGUGCUAAGCACGCAUACCUGAUAGACACUUAUUUUUGUUUUAUCAGUUAGAUUGAGAUUAUUCCACACCCACUUAUUCAGUUUAGCCAUAGUUGCUGCUGCUUUUGCAAUCCUAAUAUUUAUCUCUUCAUCAAGGGAGAGAGAACUAGAAAUAUUGAAUCCCAGGUAUAUGAAAUGAUCAACAACCGAAAGAUUAUGACCCUCAAUAGAUAUAAUUGGAGGGGAUGGUGCUUCUUGCAUAUUACAUGAGUUUUCUGUAGACUAAUCGAAAGUCCAAACUCUUUACAAGCAUGUGAUUAACCAGCCCCUGCAGAUCUUCUUCUGUGUGAGAUGUUAAGAUGGCAUCGUCAGCGAACAGCAGUUCACGAAUCAGCACCUUUUUUACUUUGGUCUUUGCACGAAGGCGGGCGAUAUUGAACAGUCUUUCAUCAGAUCUUGUAUGGACGUACACUCCAUUUUCACAGUCACUGAAAGCAAAAUGAAGGAUCAUCGAAAAGAAAAUUGAAAAGAGCGUUGGUGCCAGUACACAACCCUGUUUUACUCCCCUGCUAACUGGGAAUAACUCAGAGACAGUGCCAUAAAUUAAUUUUGUCAUUGAUUACGUUAAAUAUUUGACUUACGGUGAUGCUCAUAUAAUUUACCCACCAGGGGGAAGCCCCAUGUUUUGGGUGUGUCACUUUGACCUUCGGUAAGCUAAAAAUGUCUUAAAUACUAUUUUUAGCGAUUUAACAACAUUAUUGGAACCUAAAAAAUACUGUUAACCAUCUCAAUUGGAUUGGGAAUAACUUUAAAAUUGUCAAUUUACCCUUUUCUCUUGAAUGUUAACCCUUUAACAUGUCAUUCAGUCCCCCAUCACCAGACAGAAAAAUAGAUUUUGCCAUUUUUUGUUAAUUCACCGGGAACGGACGUGGUUCUUGAUAACAAUCAAUAAGAGAGUUUUAUUAUUCUGUAAUCUUUAAAUAUCUUAAUAAAUCUAAGUAAAUUUAAUUUAAGCUUGCUGCCACCUUCUAUUACUUGGCCUGCAAGUAGGUAUAGUAGGCCUAUGCCUAUCCUACAUUAAAGUGUAUAUUUUAAUAGGCCUAAGCCUAAUUCUAAUAUUACUAAUAACACUAUUCUAUACUAUCUACAUUUACAGGCCUAAUUUCAGUUAGCAUUUAAAAAAAAAUUAAUAAGCCUUUUAAUUAUAAAUUAAAUACAUCAAAUAAACAAAUAGGACUCGACAUCAUCAUAAAUCAUUGCAAAUCUUAUAGGACAAUAUUUAAAAUGUAUGUUAGUGUGCCUAUUACAUAACUUCUGCAUUUUAGUUUUUUUAAUUAUCAAGGCUAAUUGCGUAAAGAUGAGGAGAAAUUUUACCAAAAUAAAAACUAAUGAAAAAAAACAAAAAAUAAAAAGAAAUAUUUAUAACAUUGCUCUCUUCACCCUCCCCAGCCCAUAUAACACAAUAUAACAAUGAUAAACCCCCCUCCCCCUCUUUAUAUAUUAUGUGCACAGUCCUGUAGCUAGUAGCAUACUAUUUCACAUCCUUAAUUAUUUAAACAACACUAAAUUUUCUAACCUUAAAUGUUAAAUGUAAAUAAAUGAUAAAUAUAACUUAUUUCAUGUUGACUUACAUGAUGGACACAUCAUGUUAUAUGACUUAUUCCCCCCAAAAAUAAUGCCAAAUGAAGUAAAUGGCAGCCAUAAAAUUAACACUAAAUCAAAGUCAAAGCUACUCAUGCUAAACUAUUAAUUUUGCUCUCUUGGCUAGGAAUUGAGAAGUGCAUUAAUUAAAAUUGAAAUGAAUUUGAAACACCAACCAUGUUCUUAUAACUUAUAGUUCACCAAAAAUUAAAAUUAUGAAAGUGAUAUACAGGGUACUACUCUUUAUUUUCACAAUAAUCAACAUUUUGAAAUUGGUGGGCGAUUUUCAGGACUACUGUACAGAAAAAGCCUGAGUAUGUGAAGGAGACAAAUGAAUUGUAAAAAAAAAAAUUUGAUUCCAUGACUAGAUGAAGUACCAACAAUAAAAUGCUUACAUUUCAAAUUUAACUUUUGGCACAAAAGCUAGCAGUAACUGAACUUUACUUAAAAACUUAUAAAUGCUCAUUAAUUUAUUUAGAGUCUUGGGAUUCAUAUUUCUCCUCCACGGUUAAGAAAUGGCUGGAGUUGUGUUUACAAUGAUGAUAGACAACACAGACAGGUUGCACUUACUGCCAUGGAAAAUCUAAUCAAAUUCAUGUUCAUAAUGGAGCUUUUACUUUAGUGAAAAAAAUGACACACCAUGAAGGUUAUGUUUUCUAUGUUGUUAAAAUUAAUGAAGCAAUACUGCAAAAGUUGCAUUGCUGCAGCAGCGAAAUGAGAACACAUUUUUAAAACAUAUUUUUGUUAGAUUGCUAUUGCAUAAAUUCAAGUCAUGCAUGUAACAAAAAAUAUUAUGAAUUUUUAUUUUUAUUGAAUUUACUGCUAUCUUAAAAUGAGUUUAAGGUUGUAGCUGCUGUCUUAGGUCAAUGGAUCAGCAACAUUUACUGCCUCAGGUAAUGCAGCUUAGCUUUUAAUUUAUAAGGUUUACCAAAGCGGUAAAGCUAUCCUCUGUUAAAAAAAAUGAAAGUGGGAUCUGUGAGUUUGAUGUCUUGUUUGACUUUCUAUUGCAGGAACAGCAUUUAGAAUACCAAGUUUCUGGAAAAGAUUUGUUGCAGAGCUGAUUGAUUUCACCUUUUUGUUUUACAUUAAGAUGGCGGUGUCCCUUUGUCUUAUGACAGAGUUGAGCUUGGAUCAGCUGUUAAGUACCAUUGAUAAUUAUUCGUUGUUAAUGCUUUGAAAACGGCGUUAGGAUUUAAAGAAAUCUCAAUAUUUUACAAUGACAUUCAUAAGCCUGUUGUUAGCAAAAGACUUAAUUAUUCGACAAAAGUAAAUGUUUGAUGAGUCAUUGAUUUAUUAGAAAUAUCAUCACUGCACUUUUUACAAGGAUCAAAGCUGCUGGUAAACAAAAUGUCAAGUUUUUUUGUAUAGUGAGGAACUAUGUAUACAGCAACACCCGGUCUAAAAGUAACCACUUUAUCCUAACUACAAAAGCUGUCCUUGCAAAAGCCAAAUCAUGAUUUUAUUUAGUUGUACAGCACAUGUAAGGAAAAACACAAAUGUGGAUCUCCAGAUCCAGGCAUUUCCCAUAGCCCAAAAUGUGUUUCUUCCACCCUUCACGAUCCUAGGAACAAAUAUCUAUCAAAAUACAUUUCACAAAUCCUCAUAAUUACCGACAUUUUACCACUUAUGACACACAACAUCCAAUUACUACAAUAAGUAUGUGAUAUUCAUCUCUUUUUCUAUCAGUAACUUAUUAAAACAGUACCAAAUUGAUAGAUUAAGGCUGAUGAGAGCCUUGCCGCUGCCAUGAUUGGGAAUGACACUAAAGCCAAUCCCUCAUUCAAACAUUUAAAAUUUAUGUUCCAAUUUAUUUGACAGUUAUUUAUCACAAAUAGCAACUCUCUAGGUAUGUGUGUAUGGCUGUUAUGCUGUGUUCAAUGCAAAAUCUAAUUCCACAAAAAUAACACUAAUUGGGAUUCUUAUAAUGUGCGUUAUCAAAUAACUUUAAUAGACGGGCAGUUCACUCAUGACUGUCACCAUUGUUUGGCAGGUUAUUUUUAGUUAUAAUGAAAAUAUGAGAUGAGAAUAAUAAUUAUAAUAAAUUUAACAAUGAAUUAUUUUGUCUUUUGUCAAUCCAGAUCAUUUUUAAACAGUGAGGAUCUUUUAGAAAGCUUCAAUGAUCUUGACUACGAUCGAGCUUUUGCCAUCACAUUUGAAGUUAUUGCUUUAGAAAUUUUGAACAGAGUUCUCAUAACAAUAUUUGAGGUAAGCUGCUCUUAUAUUCUCCUGGGACUAAAUGCGUUUGACUAAUUGGCAUCAUGUGUAAGCCAUUUGUAUCCUUCAUGACCAGAUAUUUUUAAAGUUUAUGUCUUGUCUGUUGUAUUUAUUGAAAUUCUCCCUGAAGAAACAUGAUUUUUAUUGCAUUUGGUUCUCUUUAUUUCACAGACACUAUGUCUCUACAGAGCUGCAGCUGGUGGACGGGCAAUGGGAGCAACACCUGGUAAGAGACUAUUGGGACUUAAAGUUGUUUCGUGUGAUCAGGUUUAUAGCCUGCGUCCGGGCCAAGUCAUUGUAGCACCUGCUGGGCAGAUUAGCUUCAAAAAGUAAGUAUAAUAUAAUUAGUGUGGACAAUGAUUUAAUAAAAGAAAGAGUCAGCUCUAUAUAUUUCCAAUGUUCUUGUAUGUUUUAAAAAUAAAUUAUACUUUUUAGUACGAAAACAAGCAAAAAAUCACUUUGAAAAUCUUUCUCAUGAAUGUAAACAUUUUAAACUUUAUAAUGAUGACAUUUACAUUAGUUUAAAUAAUUUAAAUGCCAUCCAUUUUUCAAUGAAUGGGCAAAUAUUUUUCAGUUCCUUAUAACAAUUUGUCGGAUCGAUGGAUUUUAUUUCAGUGAUUACAUAAACAUUACAGGCAUUAUUCAUGCAGGAGAAAUAAUAUUAAUACCCUCAUAUUUAACUAUGUGUAUUAAUACCCUCAUAUUUAACUAUGUGACAAUUAUCUUCUUUUUUUUUCUUCAGUGCUUUCCUGAGAUCUGUGAUAAAAAAUUUCACAAUUGCAUUUUUCCUGCCCGCUUGCCUGACUCUGUUUUUUUUCAAGCACAAUCGUGCUGUCUACGACAUCAUUGCACACACAAUAGUUGUAGAGGACCCUCCCAUCUGAGAGUGGAAACUACGUGAAAAUUAAUGUGAAACUUUUUCUUGACUCACCACCUUAAACACAUGUCUCAUUUUCACUGAUAAUUGGGUUAGACAGUUCGUUAAAGUUUUAUAAAAACUUUUUCAUGUUUUCUUGACUUUAGGUGUGAAAUCACAAUAGCAUUACUCCCACUGCAUUUAUAUUUAUACAUUUUUUUUUCUUAUAUCAAUAUGAACAGCUUAAGUUAUUUUAAUGUCGAAACCUUUGAUCACAAUUGUUUUCUUCUUUAAAUAAACUGAUUUUUAAACAGAUGUUAGCACAUAUACAAAUGGCUGAAAUCACUACUCAGUGGUAAGCCUUUAUUUUCAGAUUGCAAGAAUAAAGUAUUAAAUAUCUUUGAAACUACAAAUAAUUUAAAGCUAAUUUCACAAAUUUGUAAUAUGGAAAAAUAACCUUAUAUCUUUUCCUGAUUAAAAAUGUUGAGUUUGCUUCUGUUAAAUAAAAGCAAAAACACCUUUUGACUGUAGAAGUAGAAGCAGAAGGUGUACAGUUUCUUGUCUGUGUGGGUUGGAUUUGCAAGUCUCUUAAAUUACAAAAGUAUUGAUAUGAAAGUUGUUUACUUUUCAUGAAUAUACCACCAUCAUGCUAAUUUAGACACCCUAACCUGCUUUAUUACCACCAUACUUUGAUAUAUUUCUCUUUGUUCUGACGUUCUGCCACAUUCAGUGCCAUUAUCCUCUCCUUUGUAUGCAAGUGAUAAACUAUAUACUCCAGACAAAUCGAUCCAUAAAUGUUAUUCAUUUUAUAAAAUAAUUCAGUGGAGUCAUAUGAUAAUAUGUCUUGCGAAGGCGAUAAAAGAUUUGAUUAAAUAUUAAUAACUAAGGGGCUUAACCGGAUGCACUUUAUUUUACACUGGGUCCGGGUAUUUGGAGAAAUACCAGCUGAAUCCAAUUGUUACAAACAAAAAAAAGAGUUAACUUCUCAUUUUCUACAAACAAUAAUCCUACACCUUACCUGAAGGUAUUUAAACAAUGGUUCAACAGACAGUCCUACACCAUACCAGUAAUAAUCUCCUCUGAAAAAAAUGCAACUUUAUACCUGAGUUCAACCGUCAGGCAUGACGCUUACUUCGUGACAGACUUUUUUUUCCUCACUCGUUACUAUUAAUAUAAAACAUGUUGAGUAGGGGAAGGGCCGGUUGUGAAAAGGAAGCAGGACACACCGGAAAUAUAUCACGAGUUUCCUUUGUCAUUUCUUGAUUGUUUUUUUUCUUCCUACUUGAGCAGUGGUUUAUAUGACAUUUUACGUUGGAAUGGUUUGCUUAAUUCGUUUUAGUCAUGCUGUCCUCUAAGUAUAUUUAGUGGAAAUAACUAUAACCGUCAAAUGGUAGAUAAGUCCUUAUUUAUUUCCUAUGUACUUUACAAAUGAGUAAAAAAGAACAACUGACGACUGAGUUACUUUAUUCUUAAAACGUUCUUAGUUUCUGAUGGAAAUGUUUAAUGUGAUGCAGUUAAAAUGUAAUUUAAAUAUUUAGCUUUCAGUUUAGUAUUUAUAAUGAUGUGAUUUUUCAACAUAAUGUCUGAAAUUAAAAAUGCAAUUGUUUCAUUAAAUGGGCAAUUAAUCAAAGGAAAAGUCAUAAGGUUUAUUCAUUAUUACAAACUAACGGUGAUAUUUAACAAUCAAUCCAUGAUUUAUGUCACUAUGCCAUAAAACUUAAGUUUACAAGUACAUCUUGGUAUGGGUUCACAAACAACAGAAUAUCUUCUCAACACUUCUGUGAUGUUUUUACUAUGUGCUGUACCAUAGCCAUAGUGAAAUCAUUGUCUCUACCUGUGACAGAAAGAGUUCUUUAUUGUGACAUGUUUAAUAAGGUCAAGACUGCCAUCAGGUUGUUCUUGUGACAUGACCAUAAUUGCCACUCGGUUUCCUAUGUUCGACCCCCAUGGACAUUGGUACAUCGAGUCACCAUAGUAAUUUAAUAUUGUAAACUGGUUAUUAUCUAUUGUCUUUGUCUUCAGUAUUCAACUAUCACUGUCUGAUAAAACAGUUUGAUACCUUAGCUAGAGAUGAUUUGUUAAAUUCUGGUAAACCUGAAACAAAUUCUAGUUUAAAAUGACAUUCAUCAAUAAUAUACAUCAUGAAUGUAUGAAUUAAUGACAUUUUUUUAAUAAUAUAAAUCUAAUCCGACCUUUUUAAUAUAUAAUUAUUCAUAAUGUCAGUGUUUGUGUGGUCAUGAAUUUAGAAACUUUGUCUCCCUGGUGAAUGGUUCCAAGUAAAUCAUGAUUUUAAUGUUUCUGUGAUUAUUUUUUUAUUAUGAUGCUUUAUUUCAAUAUUUGAGAUUAAAA